AUGCUCGGCCUGCUGGGCCGCUACUUUCGCGGCGUACGCCUGCCGCAGCUUACCAGGGGGCUCGUCGCCAGCAGCAGCUCUCCCGCGUCAACGAGCGGCGGCGGCGGCAACAAGAAAGGGCAGCCGCCAGCAGCGUCACCGGCGGCCGGUGGCAACGUUGCCAAGCCGCGGAGGCCGCCGUGCAUGCGGUCGAAUUCCUUCUACGCGCGCGCCGUUGCGGACUGCCUCGACUUUAUCAAGGGCAGCAACGCCGCCCCGGUCGAGGACAACCGCGGCGCCGCUGCCGGUGCCGUCCGGCACGGCCAUGGCCAGCAGCAUCACGUGCUGAAGGCCACGUGA